UGUAAGCCAGACGGGAUCAGCCAGCGGCGGCUUCCCGCAUGCGUGAUUCAUUUGCAGUUUGGACGCGGAGGGGUGAACAUCUCCUGCUCUGACUGCAGCUGGGAGGGACUGGGCCACCUGUCUGAACUGAGAGGUUCUCCCACCUGCCGAUCCCUGCAAAAGGUUGCUGUGUCAGAGGACUCCAAAGAGAAGAGUACACAGCUUCCCAAGGCCAUGGAAGACUCUCACACUUUAUACAUCUCAGAGUUGGGAGAUGAUGACAAUUUAGAGGAGGAGGAUAAGGAGCUUGAGGAAACUCACUGCAGUCUUUAUUUAAUGUCCAUGGAAACGGAUGAGCUGGCAGAUUCAAACACAAGUUGCCAAAAACCUGAGGCCAAAGGCUGUGACCUGAAGCAGGAUUUAGGAUCGGUCUCCCAUUCAACAACCCCUGAGCUCCCAGAGGAUCCUGACCAUGACCCUGAUGUAGAGCUCCAGGACUCCUUUCCCUGCCAAUUCUGUGAAAGAAAUUUUACCAGCAAGCAAGGCUUAGAACGUCACAUACACAUCCACACCUUAGCUAACCACCACACACACAUAUUUAAGUGUAAGUACUGCAGCAAGUCCUUUGGCUCAAAAAUUGGCCGGCGACGGCAUGAGAGGAGACAUGAAAAUGCAAAGACAAGGCCUGGAUCUUUAAUAAAGCCUGUGGAGCCUCUAAGUUCUGCCCUACAGCACAACGGUCCAGAAUGUGCUUCUUCUCCCAGUAGCUCCGGUGCCUCUGUUUUGGCAGACAGAGAACAGGUGUCUACGUCAGAUGAACAUGGAGAAUUACAGGGUGGUCACACUUGCAAGUAUUGCAAAAAGGUUUUUAGCACACAUACAAACAUGCGACGACAUCAGCGCAGGAUCCACGAGCGCCAUCUCCGGCUCAAAGGUAAGGAAGCCACACUGUUGCAGGAAGCAAAACAUCCAAAGCUACCCCCUAUUAAAUCUCAACAGAAUACCAACAACACAAGCCCAGUAGCAGUUCUUGAGAUCGAAAGUGACCAAGAGGAGCAAUAUAUGCUGGAUAUCUCUGGUAACAUCUCUGAGAACCUCAGCUUUUAUAUAGAUGGGAAGAUUGUAUCAACAAGCACUGUCAGCGGCUGUGAGGUAGUUGAAGUGAACUCUGGAUCUGCUACUUUAGUUGGACUAAAUGCUGUGAUUAUUAAUCCUGCCCAGAUCAGUCAGGCUCUUAAAGUAGAGACUGCUACUCACACAGGAAAAGGGAUAACUGGUCAACCCUUGACAAAAAGAAGAACUGCCACACCACCUCUUCUACCCCAAAUCAAAACUGAACUAGAAUCGGAAGUUGUUGUGUCCUCCUCUUCUUCAUCAUCAAUUGUGUCAUCUUUGAUAGAAAGUCUCAUUCCUCAGAACACAGAGUCUACUAUCCUUCAGAGAGAGAGAACAGUUUAUCUGUCACCUAAGCUGAAACAGCUCUUACAGAUGCAAGAUGGCCUCAAACCCAGCUUUGCCCUGAUCACAGAAGGCCAGAAGCUGUGUUCACCACUUUCCCUGACUGUCCUCCCAGCAGGAUUGGGGAGGUUUAAAAGAAGGACAGGGUCUCCCCCAAACUCACCACAACAAAGCCCUAUGUUGAAUGUUGAAAGCACAACAGAUGUGGGUGUUUCUAUUGCUGUCAAUGCCCCAACUUCAGAGAGCCAAUGCAGUUCACCCGCAUGCAGUUUAUCCAGUAAUGAUGAGAGUGAGAUCUCCAACAGUCCACCAGUAAACGAUGCAAUGACAACUCGUCUCUUGCCAGAGGGAUGGUCCCCAAUGAGUGGGGGUAGUUCCUGCAACCAGCAACCUUUGGACCUCUCAAACGCUGUCAAGAAAAGUGAAGACGAAGCCCUGCGGGAAGCUGUGUUGGACUUGAGUGUGCACAGAAAGAGUGCAGAUGAUUCAGAAGCAAAGAGAAUUUUAGUUCCACAACCCUUAAAUAAAAAGAGGAAGCCAAACACCAGCAUGUUGGAGAAGGUGCUGAUGAAUGAGUACGCAAACUUAGAGGUUGCUGCAGAGCACGAAUUAAGUAUAUUAGAAAAUCAUGAUGCACCAUUAGGUACAGACUUUGCCAUAGUUACUGCUUCAGAUAUGUCACCUGCUACUGAAGGCGAGGUGUUCGGAUUAACUUUGCCCUCUUCAGCACUUAGUCCAUCCCCUUCCUCUCUAGCUUCAGUCACCAGGCAAUCGAUCUCACCAUGCACCAUAGCACUUGCUUCCCCAUCUCCACAUCCAGUCUUACCCACUGCUCCGUCGCUAAUUACUGUUUUAGCACCACCAACAUCUUCCUCUAGCAAUUUCACAAAUCAACCUAUCCUUCAAGUAUUGGCCCCUAAGAUAUCUCCUAAACCUUUAAUAAUCUGCACUGAAAAUUCAUUGAAUUCAGCUGAGUGUGAGUGGAGAGCUGCUUUGCCAGAUUGGGCUACCUCUAAUUCUGCAAGCCAACUUGCCAUCUCUAAACCCCUUGACCCAACUCUCAAUCUACAAGGGCAUGUGUUUCUCACAGAUCACACUAUAAAUCAAAUAGCUCUGAACACUACCACAGUUGAUUCCAACAUUGGAUUUGAAGUGCCAACAUGCUCUCCAGCUUUAACUCUAAACGAUUCCCUUAUCAACUCCUUUGACAUUACUAGUAAUACUGUUUUAAUUGAAUGCACAGUUGCUCUUGAAACCCCAGAGAACCUUGUCCCUACCACAAUUGCUUUCCAAGAAAAUAAUUUUGAAUCCACAGCACCUGCGCAAAUUGUCAUAAAUCAGCAGCAGCUUCUGUCCUUGCCUCAUGAAACCGUUGACCCUACUAUUUUAGUAUCUUCUUUAGAGCAAUCGGUUACGAUUUCAACGCUGUCUGCAGUCAUAUCUGAAUGUCAAGAAUCCAUUUCCUCCCCUGUUCCUUCCAUUAUUAAAAAGGAAUCUAACCAAAAGGUAGUAUCAGAGGACAUAUCUAUCUGCCCCUCUAAAACAGCACCUCCCUCUGAGGGCACAAGUCAAGUGGAAGAAUCAUCAAAUGAGACCCUCUCCAAGCUACAAGAGACUUUCACUAAGGAAUUCAUAUGCAAUGUAUGUGAUAAGCUUUUUCAUUCAAUGAAGGAACUGGGUCAUCAUGUAAGUGAGCAUUCUGAUGAAUGGCCAUACAAAUGUGAGUUCUGUGUGCUGCUCUUUGGGAAGCCCACGGCAUUGCUUGAUCACAGGUCAACCCUCCAUGGCGUCGGCAAGAGCUAUGUUUGCUGCGCAUGUACAAAGGAAUUUGCUUAUCUUUGCAACCUGAAACAUCAUCAAAAGGAGUUGCACCCUGGCCAGGAAUGCAAAUACACAGAGGAAGAAAAUGGCAAGCUACGACCCCAGAACUACAACAAUUCAACAAAAGUUAUCACAGAGGCUUUGUCCUACUGUGCCAUGGCGGAGUCCAAUAAACCUGUCAUAAAAGAUGAGGGAGAAUUAGAUGACGCUACUGAGGAACUCUUUACCACAAUAAAGAUAAUGGCUUCUGAGGGAGGAAAACCCAAAGGCCUGGAUGUUUGUCUUGGCAUCAACCAACACUAUCCCAGUUUUAAGCCGCCUCCGUUUCCCUAUCACAACCGGACACCUGUUGGCUCUGUAGCCUCAGCUACCAACUUCACCACCCACAACAUCCCACAAACCUUCAGCACUGCUAUCCGAUGCACUAAAUGUGGCAAUAGCUUUGAUAACAUGCCAGAGCUGCACAAACACAUUCUUGCCUGUGCAAAUGCCAGUGACAAAAGACGCUACACACCCAAUAAGAACCCCAUUCCUCUUCGUCACUUUGCAAAAGCCCAAAAUGGAGUACUGUCCUCUACUAAUUCCACAAAUGGCCAAAAUGCUCUACACACGGCAAGUCAAACAAAUCGUCCCAAACUCAAUCAGGAGCCACCUGCCAAGUUGAAGCUUAAUGCACUCAACAAAAGGAAAAAACAUCUGGUACAGAGGGCCAUUUCACAGAGGAGUAAGUCUACCUCUUUGACAAAGAAAACCUCUUCUCUAGUGAAUGAGGAGCAAGAGAUCUAUGUCUGUCCACAUUGCAUUAGAGAAUUCACAUACCGCCGCAGCCGAACCAAGCACAUGGCCGUCUGCCCCAGGAAACCUGCUGCCAAAGAGGCCAAGAAAAGAAAAGAUGGCAGUAUCUCUUACACUAAGGAAAAUAACGGCCACCUUCGCGGAGAAGUCCUUCAUUUGGAAGAGAAAUCUGACCAUGAACAGAAAAGCAGAGCCCAUAGUUCUAGUCCAACAAAGAGGACAGCCAUAUUACCAGCUCAUAAAGUCCUGUCAAACAAAAAAAGUAAAGCCAUCAUUGCAAUGGCAAGUGUCCAAACACCGCAGGAGGCACCCAAACUGACUGCACUGUCUCUUGUUCGCCCUUUCAACUCCCCACAACGUCAAGGCAAUAGGAUGCAGCAUGGUGUAAAGGAAAUUCGUUCUAACGUUACAAUGGUGAAAUCCCACCAACAACAACCACAGGUGGAUGAGCACCCCUGCAGUCAGAGUGGAAGGGUGAGGGGACCAGUGACCCGCAGUCUACAGCAGAUUGUCGUCACAGCUUCAGCAAAGGAAGAACAGCUGACCAGUCAGGAGCCACCAAGGGAUCUGCAGUUUUGUUCAAAAAGAGCCGUUCGCAAACAACUCAUCACACUGAGAGAGUCCUUAGCGGUCACUGGCAAGUAUCGACAUGGCCUUCGAAUCCUAUGAAAAUACAAACAAGAUAUUUGGUUUACUUGUCCCAAUGCAAUACCGUUGACAAAUAACUGUUUAUUAAAUCAGUUCGACACCUUUUAUAAACUAGUCCAGUGGUAUGUUUGUCCUGGGCUACAACAAAAUUGUGUACUUUUGGGGGCAGUAGAGGACCGGAGUUGGGAACCUGGCACUGAACUAGUCAACACUUGCUGUUCGGUCAUCAAAUCAAAGCGCACAGUAGCUUAUAGCCUACGCGCCCUGACUCCGUGGCUGUGUAGGCCUAUGAAACACGGGAAAGAAAAUAAAUMAAUGUGGCACAAAACAAUAAUUAGGUGGAUUUCCACACAUAGUUACCACUUACAUUACACAAGACCUAAAAAUUCGUUCACAGGAGACAAUGAAGAAGCAUCAUGCUCUCCCUCUGUGAAAAUAAAUGUUGACUAAAGUCAACCACAGCGCACAAAAAUAACACCGGUACCGAGAGGAGCGACAGACAGGAGACUGACAAACCAGCAGUUUUUCCCUGACCUAUCAAUAGAACACUAGAAAAUGCAUAUCGUUCAUUCCGGGAGAAGGCUAUUCUGAUUUGUCUGACUAGCGACUUGAAACUUUUAUAUGAAAAGAAGCCUAGUUAAUUAAUGAGUGCAAAAAGUAGCCGGCUUGCAAUGAGUCUGUUAUCGGCUAUUUAGCCGAUGGCUAGCGCUUAUGGAAAACACAGAAAAUGGCUGAUCCCUGGCAGUGACCAGUGUCUUGGGGAGUGGGAUAUGCAAAAAGUACAUUUGCAUUUCACACCUCACACUUGUACAGGUUACACCCUUGUACAUGUGUGAAACAGGACAAAUAAAGGCACCCCCUAUUUGACUGACGAGUGUACACUUGUAAUUCAGGGGGAUUAAUUAAAGUUGCACCUUUUCUCACAUUUCAUUUUUAUAU